AUGUCGGGUUCCAGGUUGAAGGCUCAAAGUAAAGGCAGGGCGAAGCUUUGCAUAAGGUGGAAUGUCGAAUUCCCCGACGAGAGCGGCCAGCAAGAUGCAGCGAGCAGCCCGAGAGCGAUGGCGCCGAUGGGCAAAAAAGAGAGCACGAGGGAUCCGGCAGACCAGGGACAGGGGUGGAGGGGGAGGCUUGGGUGCCACCGGUGCGUGGGUGCUUCGGUUUGGGUGCCCGCUAAAGAGCGUACACCAUACAAGAGAUACCUCGUCUACAACCCCGCCAUGCCCGCCUCAAAUUACAACGCUCCGAAAUCCACGAAUCCACCUCACGAGGACUCACAGUGA